GGCUGUUCGUCGUAGACGAAACCAACAUCGAAACGCACGGCAUGGCCCUGUCCGGCACGAUGGACGUGCUGCACUGCGACCGGGCGCGCUGGGGAAGUGCGAUUCUCUCCCGCGCGCACGCGUGCUUCGCCCGGACGAAAAACCAUUGUUGCGUCAUCGGCUAUUCGUUAGGGAACGAGGCGGGGUUCGGCCCGAAUUUAUUCGCCAACUACCGGUUUUUCCUCGAGCAAACCACGUUUUUGCACCUCCACGCCUGCGAGCGACGGAGCGGGAUGAAUGCAGAUGAACAUCAUAUGCUU